AUGAUCAUAAGGAGAUCGAUGGUCCUAGCCCUGGUCCUGGGACUCUUGUCGGUGGACCAAAAUGGCGGCCAGGCUAGCGGCGAGCAGGAACACGCGUCCGCGUACUAUCCCCGCAACCUACCUCAAAGGGUCACGCGGCUAGUGCCGCGAAGGUCGCCGAUGGUGCCGCAGGACAGCGCCACGAUGGGCCUGGCGAUGCAGAGCAGAGCGGUGGAUACGAGGGUUCAGCUGGAGGUCAGAGAGGGCGAGCCAAAGGGAACUCUGGUCGGUCAGAUACCCGUCAAGCAUGGAUUCACCUACAGGUUCAACGAGCCGCCUCAGGAGUUCGUGUUGGACUCGAAGACUGGCAAGAUCAGAACAGCCAAAGUUCUGGACAGGGAAGCGUUGAGCAGCGACAGGUUCGAUCUGGUCGUCUUCUCCAGCCAGCCAACGUAUCCCAUCGAGGUGAGGAUCCUCGUGUCGGACAUCAACGACAACGACCCCGAGUUCCCCGAACCGAGCAUAGCGGUCAGCUUCUCCGAAUCGGCCGUGGUGGGCACGAAGCUGUUGCUGGACGCGGCCACGGACAGGGACACGCCUGACAACGGCGUCGGCGACGAUUACUUCAUAGUGGACGGGAACGCGGACGGAAAGUUUCGUUUGGAAGUGACCGGGAAUCCAACGGGCGAAACGUCGUAUCUGCAUUUGGAGACCACGGGGAAAUUGGAUCGAGAGCAGGUAGAGUUCUACUCGUUGAACGUUUGCGCGAGGGACAGGGGACGGCCGCCGAGAUUGGGAUACCUUCUGGUGAACGUGACCGUGUUGGACGUGAACGACAACCCGCCGAUAUUCCAGCAGAGCGAUUACGUGGUCGCUUUGAACGAGAGCGCCCCGGUGGGAACCAAAGUUCUGACCGUUCACGCUACCGACAAGGAUUCCGAGGACAACUCGAAGCUCACGUACUACCUGCCCGACACGGAGAGACAGUUCACGAUAGACCCGGAGGACGGCACGAUUACGACCGUCGAGCCGUUGGAUUGUCCUCAGCAGAGCUGCACGACCGCCGCUCGUCCCGGUGGCGGUUGCCCCAAGAGCUGCGUCAUAACGGUCUUCGCUCGGGAUCACGGCUCGCCGAGGCAAGACGGUCGGACCUACGUAACGGUGAAUCUAUUGGACGCGAACGAUCACGAUCCCGAAAUAAAGUUCAGCUACUACCCGUCCACGCCCGGAUACGCGACCGUCGACGAGAACGCCGUCAAGGACUCGAUCGUGGCCGCCGUGGCUGUGAUCGACAACGACGAGGGCCUCAACGGCGAGACCACCGUAGAGAUUCGGGCUGGAAAUGAAUUGGGCCACUUCAGGCUCGACAACACGCCGAGGUUCGAUAUCGUUCGCGUGAACGGCAGGCUGGACCGCGAGGAGAUACCGAAAUACAAUCUGACGGUGGUCGCCACCGAUAAAGGCACGCCGGCCCGAUCCGCGACCGCCUAUCUCGUGAUCCACGUGAACGAUGUUAACGACCACGAACCGGUCUUCCAGCAAAGCGAAUACUCCGCGGUGCUGUCCGAGCUCUCGCCUACCGGCAGCUUCGUCGCUAGCAUAUCCGCUACGGACGCGGAUUCCGGAUUGAACGCGAGGAUUUAUUACGAUUUCGACUCGGGCAACGAGCAAGGCUGGUUCGCGAUCGAUCAGGACACGGGCCUGGUCACCACGGUGGCCAGCCUCGACAGAGAGGUACAGGGCAGCAUAGAGUUGCACGUGUCCGCCAGGGACGGCGGUCCCAAUCCAAAGUACGCGUCCACGCAUCUCAAGGUCACCAUACUAGACGAGAACGACGAGGCACCCAGGUUCUCCCGCACCGUCAUCGAGGUCACGUUGUCCGAGGACACGCCGCCCCAGAGCCCAGUGGCGACGUUAACGGCGGUGGACAACGAUCAGGGAACCAACGGGAGCGUGGCUUACAGUUUCCACUCCAGCGUAUCCAGAGACUACCCGAGAACCUUUGCUCUGGACGGACUGACGGGUAACUUGACCACCAAGAUCGGUCUCGAUCGCGAGACCAUCGGGGAAUACAGGAUUCUCGUGAUCGCCAAGGAUCAAGGGUCUCCGCCGCAAUCGUCCACCGCUACGGUGGUCUUGACCAUAGAGGACGUAAACGACAAUUCGCCCGUCUUCUACCCGUGGAGGUAUCUGAUGCCUAUAUCGGAAGACGCCCCGCGAGGGACCACGGUGGGAAAGGUGACCGCGACCGACGCCGACGCCAGAGAAAACGCUCGAGUGAGAUACACCCUCGAAUUCGGUGGCGAGGGACUGUUCGGUGUGGACGAGCGAACGGGAGAGAUAGCUCUCCUGGGUUCGUUAAGAGACGCACACAAGACCCUGUACGAGCUGAAUAUCUCCGCCAAGGACACGGGCGACAGAACGGCCAGCAGGAACGCCGUCGUGGAGAUCAUCCGCAAGGAGGACCUGGAAAUCCUAGAGUUCGACACCUCCAAAGGUUACGAGUUCCAAGUGGCCGAAGACGCAGGCGACUGCAGCUCGAUGCCCAACGCUUUCGGACGCAACGUUGGCAAGGUGCGGGUGAAGCAGUACGGCGCCUCCAAGGUCUCGUACGCGGUGGUGUACGGAGACCCGAACGGCAGCUUCAAGAUAGACGAGAACACCGGUGCUAUCGACACUUCCGGGUGCUUGGACCGCGAGCAGGUGGGCUGCUACAGCCUGCAACUGUCCGCCAGAGCUGGCCGCGCUUACGGACGGACCUCCGUCAACAUCACGGUGCUGGACGUUAACGACAAUCCGCCAAAGUUCCCCAAAGGCGACAUAGGGGACGAGGUGUACCUGAAAGAGAACGCUGCCGUGGGUCAGGAGGUGUGUCUGGCUCGUGCCAAGGAUCGGGACGAGGGAGCCAACGCGAGGAUAAUUUAUUCCCUGACGCACAACCCUGGCGGACAGUUCAGGGUCGCCGAAACCUUGGGCAUCAUCUACUUGGACAAACCGAUCAGGGCGGCGCCCGGCACCGUGCUACACCUGGAGGUGACGGCCACGGAUUCGGGGAGUCAACCGCUGUCCGCUCAACAUCAGAUCAGGGUGAUCGUCGAAGACGUCAACGAUCACACACCAGUGUUCAAGCUAACCAGCUACGAGACGUCUCUGCCGGAGUCGACGCCCGUCAACGACAGAUUCUUCUCUCUGACGGCCACGGACGUCGAUCUAGGCGCCAACGGACGGGUUCUGUAUAGCGUCACCGACGGCAACGCGGAAGGACGAUUCGGGAUAUUUCCCGAUGGACAACUAUACGUGAAGAACGUCCUGGACCGAGAGGAACAGGACUACUACGCGCUGGAGGUGAUGGCCACCGACCAGGGCAGCCCGUCCAGGAACUCGGUAGUCCCCGUGGUCGUUCACGUUAUCGACGAGAACGACAACGCCCCGGAGUUCACAAAUUCCAGCUUCAUCUUCCACCUACGCGAGAACGAGCCGCCGGACACGUUCGUGGGGAAACUGUUGGCCACCGACCGGGACGUGGGCCGGAACGCUGAUUUGAUGUUCUCUCUGCCGGCCAGUCAGCAGGACUUCGUCGUCGAUCCGCGAAACGGAUUCAUCAAGUCGAUGCGCGUUUUCGACAGGGAACUACUGGUGGCCAACACGGGCAGCAGCUACGUCACUUUGGAGGCCACGGUCACUGACAACGGAGUCAAUCGUCUUCGCGACCGAGUUAAAGUCGUAAUAUACAUCACCGACGUGAACGAUAACGUGCCUCAGUUCCAGAGGCUGCCCUAUAGAGUGCAAGUGAACGAGGGCGCCGCGACCGGCACCCAAUUGCUCAGAGUGUACACGACCGACGCGGACGAGGGCUUGAACGGAGACGUGUUCUACUCUCUGGAGGACGGGAAUCAACGCGGACGUUUCGCCAUCGACGAGGCGACCGGACAGAUCUCUUUGAGGAAGAAGCUGGAUCGCGAAACCACGGAUGCGUACGUCCUGACCGUCGUAGCCCACGAUGCCGGACUGGAGACGCGUCUGUCCUCCGGUACGAUGGUUCACAUCGAGGUGUUGGACGAGAACGAUAACGCGCCGCGGUUCGUGGACAAUAAAUCGAGGAUAGCCGUGCUGGAGACGACGCGGACGAACACGGAGCUACUCAGGUUCAAAGCCACGGAUAACGAUCUGGGGCCCAACAGCGAGCUGGCCUUUGCCAUAUCUGCGGGCAACAGGAGGGACACCUUUUACAUCGAUCCUUUGACGGGAACGUUAUACUUGAGGAAACCGCUCGAUUACGAGGAGUUGGACAAGUAUAACCUGAACGUGACCUGCAGCGACGGCGGUCAUCCGCGACUGAGCUCGGUGACGACGCUGAUCGUCGAGGUGAUCGACGCCAACGACAAUCCGCCCGUGUUCCCGAACACGGCAAUGGCCAGACAGAUCACGGAGGGUAUCCAGGUCGGCACGUCGAUAGUGAACAUCACAGCGGAGGAUCCCGACUCGAACGAGAACGGCGUGGUCGUCUACUCCAUCGCCAGUCAGGAUCCCGACGAUCAGGUCCGAAGAUUCGGUAUAAAUUCGUCGACGGGGGUUAUACACACGUUGCUGCCGAUCGAUCGAGAGGAAGUGGACACGUACAAGCUGGUGGUGGUGGCCACCGACAGCGCUCAACCACCCAGCGCGAGACUGUCCGCGGAGAAGCUGGUGAUCGUCAUCGUGGACGACAUCAACGACAACGCGCCGAUUUUCGUCAGCAUGUCGGCGGUGGUGUUGCCCCUGAAACGGAACUACCAGUUACCGGAAGAGGUAACGGUCGGCCAGCUGGUUGCCAGGGAUCUAGACUCGAGCUCGAACGGUCUGGUUACGUACGAGCUGAUCAGCGUAAACUACUCGGACAUGUUUCGAAUACACCGAAACACGGGUAACCUGACCAUGAGACUACCGCGAUCCUUCAGGAACAAUCCCGAGCCCGUAGUCAAGUACGAGGUCGGCGUUAGGGCGACCGACGAGGCCGUCCAGGCCCAACGACGAUCCACGGAGACCUGCUUGACGCUGAUAGUGCCCGGUGAAGACGGAGACGAUCGACCGAUUUGGGAACAACGCGGCCAGAUCGAAGGCACCGUGCACGAGAACGAGCCGAUCGGAACGAGCAUUUUGAGAGUGACCGCGAUCGUACGCAGAUCGAACAUCGAUCUCGAGUAUUACGUGACGAACGUGACCGCUGGUAGCGGCGGUCCGCAGGUCGACAGAUUGUUCGACGUCGACGCGAAGACGGGCGUGCUGUCGACUGCCGCCGCGCUCGACAGGGAAACCGGGAUCCAGUGGUACGAGGUGGAGCUGUACGCCAUCGGUGUCGCCGGUACCAGACCCAGUACGACGUCCACCAAAGUUCGCGUGACGGUUCUGGACAAGAACGACGUGGCACCCACCUGGGGCCCAGGCACGUGGAAAUUCGAAAUUUCCGAAGAAGCGCCUCCGAACACCGAGGUAACGAUCCUGAAAGCGUUCGAUCCGGACACGAUAGGGACGCUGACUUACACCCUGGUGCCGAAUCGUCGUCUCGAUGGGAACCAGGACAACUACGUGCCCUUGGACGAGGGCCAGUUCAAGCUCGAUCCGACCACCGGACAACUGACGCUCGCGGAGGCCCUCGACAGAGAGACCAGAGAAAAAUAUGUCCUGAAAGUUCGAGCCGAUGAUGGAUCCCAACACACCGACGUCACGUUAACCAUCCAGGUGACGGACACGAACGACAACGCGCCCACGUUCCAGAGUACCGCGUACUCGUUCGACGUACCGGAGAACAUGCCCAGGGGUAGUAGAAUCGGUCAGGUCGUCGCGACGGACGCCGACGCCGACGGACCCAACAAUCAAUUGAGCUACACGCUGAUAUCCGAUUGGGCGAACGACGUUUUCUCCCUGAACUCCAGCACCGGCGUGUUCACGCUCACGGCCAGCCUCGAUUACGAGCAGGUGCAACAUUACAUCCUGGUGGUCCAGGCGACAGACGGCGGUAUCCCUGCGCUUUCGUCGACGGUGACGGUUUACUGCAACGUGGUGGACCUGAACGACAACGCGCCGAUUUUCGAGGCAGGACCUCACGCGGCGGAUAUCGUCGAGAACACGACGAUAGGCACCCAGAUCCUGACGGUGGUUGCCCAGGAUCUCGACUCGGGCGAUAACGGCAGGGUGAUUUACGCUGUGGCGGGCGGUGACGAGGACGGGGACUUCGGGGUGGCGUCCAACGGCACCCUCUUCACGCGGAAGCUGCUCGACAGGGAGCGCAACCCUCUCUACAAUCUGGUCCUGAGCGCCACCGACAGUCCUCUGCCACCAGCGCGACCGUUGUCGUCCACUGUGCAGGUCACAGUGGUGUUGCUGGACGUGAACGACAUGUCACCGGAAUUCAUAUCGCCUACGAAGAUAUCGAUAAUAGAGAACGCGGCGAGCAACACGGUGGUGAUGGCCAUUAAAGCCGUGGACAGGGACGAAGGACAAAACGGAUACGUGGAGUACUCCCUGGAGGACACGACGCUUCCCUUCACCGUCGGCCCCGUGGACGGGCUGCUGCGCGUAUCUGGCUCGUUGGAUCGCGAAUUAAGGUCAAACUACACCUUGGAGGUAACCGCGAAAGACCGCGGUAAACCGCCGAGAUCGUCCUCGACCACAGUCACUGUCACGGUCCUCGACGAGAACGACAAUUCACCGGUUUUCGACCCUCGACAGUACUCCGCCACCGUCGCCGAGAACGCCAGCAUCGGGGCCAGCGUUCUUCAGGUGUCGGCGAUGGACCGAGACGAUGGUGCGAAUGGGAGGGUGAGAUACAGCAUCUCCAUGGGCGACGAUAACCGCGACUUCGCUAUAUCGGAGGACGGCGGAGUGAUCAGGGUGGCGAAGAACCUGAAUUUCGAGCGAAAAUCCAGGUACCACUUGACGAUUCGAGGGGAGGACUGCGCGUCGGAAGUCGGGGAAACACCACGCGACGACACCGCCCAGAUCACCGUCACCGUCCUCGAUAUAAACGACAACGCACCCGUGUUCCUCGACUCGCCGUAUCUGGCGUACGUCAUGGAGAACAUGGUCCCGCCUGGGGGAGGAUUCGUGAUACAGGUUAAGGCUUACGACGCGGACACUCCACCUUACAACGACCAAGUGAGGUACUUCUUGAAGGAGGGUGACACAGAUUUGUUUCGGAUCAACGCGAGCACAGGGGACAUAUUCUUGCUCCGACCUCUCGACAGGGAACUGGUCCCGGAAUACACCCUCACUCUGGUGGCCAUGGACACCGGUUCUCCGCCGCUUACUGGAUCGGGCAUCGUUAGGAUCGUCGUGCUGGACGUCAACGAUCACAGUCCGGAAUUCACGAGGCAGGAAUACAAGGCGACGGUCACCGAGCACUCGGCUUCCGGUACGUGGGUCGCCAAGGUCCACGCCACGGACAAAGACGAGGGCCUCAACGCGAAAAUCAGGUAUAGCUUGGUGAGAGAAAACCUGGAACGGUUUAGCGCGAACCCUGACACGGGAGAAGUGUUCACGCUGGUACCCCUGGAUCGAGAAGAAACGGCGGUGUACCAUCUGACCUUGGUGGCUCAGGACUCCAGCCCUACGGAACCGCGAGCCUCGGUCGUGAAUCUGACCAUCCUCGUGAAGGAUGUGAACGACAACGACCCCAGGUUCUCCAGUUCCAUAUACACGGCGUAUGUGCCGGGUGCUACCAAACCAGGUGAUUUCGUAUUCGGCGCGAAAGCCGUGGACGACGACGACGGCGAGAACUCUCGGAUCGUCUAUCGUCUCCAGGGAAUGGACGCCGAGAGAUUCGCGAUCGACUCGAACAGCGGCGUGAUAAGAGCGACGCAGGAGUUGGCCAACGACGGGACCACGUACCACCUGCAAAUACAGGCGUCCGAUUGCGGCGCGAUACCCCGAUCCAACACCGCGGACUUGGUGAUACAUCUGAGGGAGAGGCAGCUGUUCCCCAGCUUUUGUCGAACCAUGAACACGACGUUCACGCUGCCAGAGGACGUGACCGAGGGCAGACCCAUCACUACCCUGAACGCUACCACGCCGAAACACGACGCUGCGAGCAAUCUAGUCUACGGAAUGGCUGGUGGAAACGUCGGGGACGCGCUCAAGAUCGAUCCUCACACCGGAGAGGUAUCAGUCGCGGCCGGCUUCGAUUACGAGACCGCACCGUACUACGAAGCUUGGAUCGAGGUGCGCGAUUCGGACAUUCCACCUCUGAGAAGCGUCGUUCAGCUUCUCGUCAACGUCACCGACGCCAACGACAACGCGCCCGUCAUGGAAGCCUCCAUCUACAACGCCACGGUUCCCGAGAACGAAGAUCCACCUUUGUUCGUCGCCAAAGUAUUCGCCAAGGAUCGCGACUCUGGCGAAAACGGGCAGGUGUCUUACUAUUUGGUGAACGACUUCACGGAGACGUUCAUCAUCGACUCGGACACGGGAAAUAUUAGCACGAAUGCGAUGCUGGAUCGCGAGGAGAUCGCUUCCUACGAGUUGGUAGUGGAGGCUCGCGACCACGGUCAACCACCCCUGACAGGCACGGCUACCGUACUGGUCACCGUCCUGGACAAGAACGACAACCCGCCUCAUUUCACGCGGCUGUUCAGCGUCAACGUGACGGAGAACGCGGAAAUCGGCACGUUCGUCAUCAGGAUAACCACCAGCGACCGUGACAUCGGCCAGAACGCCAACGUCACUUACAGUUUCACCGACAAUCCUGGUAUGAAGUUCUCCAUCGACGCUCUGAGCGGCAACGUAACCGUGGCUGGACACUUGGAUAGGGAGGAGCAGGACGAGUACUUGCUGAAGGUGAAGGCAGAAGGCGGAGCGUGGCAAACAGAAACCGCUUUGACUAUAACCAUCCAAGACCAAAACGAUAACGCGCCUGAAUUCGAAGAGAACUCGUACCACUUCCACUUCCCAGAGCUGCAGCCAGCCGUGGCACACGUUGGCCAAGUGACCGCGAUCGAUCGCGACAAGCAGGGACCGAACUCGGUGAUAUUCUACAGCCUGCUGCAGCCCUCCGACCUGUUCACCGUGGAUCCAGCGACGGGCGACGUGUUCAGCAAGAAGACCCUGCGUUACAAGCACACCCAUCGGCCCUCCUCGCCAGAGAAUCUGUACUCCCUGACGGUGGUCGCCACCGACAACGGCAAGCCGCCCAUGUCGUCCAAGACCGUGAUCUACGUAGGUGUCGUGGACGCCAACAACAACCCUCCGAAGUUCGAGCAACGAUCCUACCUCUACCCUGUCCCCGAGAAGUACGGAGUCGGUAAACGCGUGAUACAGCUAGUGGCCAAAGACGAGGCCGACUUUGGCGUAAACGCCGAGAUCAGCUACCACUUGGCGAACGUAAACGGAAGCAAGUACUUCUCCAUCGACGAAACCACGGGAUGGAUCUACGUUCGCAAGAGUCUGGCCAACGUCGCGGUCGGGACGACGUUCCUGCUGACCGCUCGGGCGAUCGACAAGGGCGUGCCACCUCAGAAGGACGAGGUUUCGUUGAGCUUGGUGAUAUCCGGGGAGAACAAACACUCUCCUACCUUCGCCGCGGUUAGCUACCAAGUUCGUGUGCCCGAGAACGAGCCUGUAAACACCACCAUCCUGACAGUCAGCGCCACCGAUGGCGAUCACGGCCCUAACGGAAUGAUCAGGUACAAGAUCUCCGCUGGAAACGAGAGGAACGAAUUCUUCGUUCAUUACAUAACCGGGGCGGUGACCAUACUCGAGCCCCUGGAUUACGACCUGGUGCAGGAGUACAGGCUGAACAUCACCGCCACGGAUCUGGGCUUCGAGCCCAAGCAGGCUGUCGCUACCUUGACUGUGAACGUGUCCGACAUCAACGACAAUCCCCCGACGUUCGACAAGAAAGUCUACGAAGCCUUCUUGCCCGAGAACUCGCCGCCAGAUAGCUUCGUCUACAAGGUGAUCGCUCAGGACAUUGACUCCCCCAAAUACGCCGUGGUGCAGUACAAUAUCCUAGGUGGAACAGGCAAGGAGCACUUCCGUAUUCGCGAGGACACAGGCGAAAUCUACUCCCUGAUCAGCUUCGAUUACGAGGAGGCCAACGAGUACACGCUGGACAUAGUCGCCGCGAAUCCCGACUCGAACCCUCAGAUGGUCGGUUUCACGACGGUCCAGGUGCACGUCACGGGCGUCAACGAGUAUUACCCCAAGUUCAUUCAGCCGGUGUUCCACAUGGACGUGUCGGAGAGCGCCGAAGUGGGCACCUCCGUCGGCCUGGUCCAGGCUACCGACCAGGACGCCGGAGAGGACGGACGAGUUUACUAUCUCUUCGUCGGUUCGUCCAACGAUCGCGGCUUCUCCAUCGGCUCGGAGACAGGAAUAAUUCGCGUGUCGCGCAGGCUGGACCGCGAGACGCAGAACAGAGUGGUGCUGACGGUGAUGACGAAGAACGGGGGCGGGAUACGCGGCAACGACACCGACGAGGCCCAAGUUAUAGUGUCGAUCCAGGACGGGAACGAUCCACCGGAGUUCUUGCAGAGCGCUUACGACGCCACGAUCUCUGAAGGCGCCGCCCACGGGACUCGCGUGCUCACCGUGAGGGCCGUCGACAAGGACAUCAGACCGCAGAACAACCAGUUCUCUUACUCGAUCAUCGGCGGUAACAUCGGUCAGGCGUUCAAAGUCGACCCGCAGACAGGUGACAUCGAGACCGCCAAGCAGCUGGACCGCGAAACGAUUCCCGUGUACGAUCUGACGAUCGGCGCCAUCGACACGGGCUCUCCUCCUCAGACUGGCACGGCUGUCGUUCACAUCGAGCUCCUGGACGUGAACGACAACGGCCCCGUCUUCGAUCCACCCGAAGUGAUCGGCUACGUGAACGAAAACGAACCCGCUGGGACUGUUGUGAUGACCCUCAGCGCCACCGAUCCCGAUCUCCCGCCAAACGGAGCACCCUUCUCGUACAGGCUGGUCGGAGCCAGGCAGGGCGACGUCGUCACCCUGGACAAACACACCGGUGUCCUGAGGACCACCAGGAGCUUGGACAGGGAGGCUAUGCCUCAACUGGAUCUCGUGAUCGAAGUAGAGGACUCGGGAGUGCCGCGAAUGAGAAGCGAGCAUACGAUAACCGUGAUCGUUACGGACCAGAACGACAGCCCAUCGUCGCCCAGAUCGGUGCACGUGAUAGUUCAUUCCUUCAACGAGCAGAUCCCACUGGGUAAGAUCGCCGACGUACAUCCCAACGAUCCAGACAUCACUGGCAGCUACUCCUGCAAGAUACUUCAAGGCGCCAACGCGAAAAUUCUAAGCAUUCCCACCGCCUGUGAUCUUCAUACGAGGAAAAUAACUCCAGGAAUCGGCUACUCCCUGAGCGUUUCUGGCAACGACGGUCGACACCCUAACGUUGUAUCGAAAGUCACCGUGGAGUUCCUCGUCUUCACCAACACCACCAUCGAGAACAGCGUGACUCUGCAAGUCUCCAAGCUGACCGCGAAAGAUUUUUUAAGCCAAAGCUACCGCGCCCUGUUGGACCUCUUGCAAGAAGUAAUCGACGCGGGGGAUGCUCUGAAGAUCUUCAGUCUCGGAGAGAACGCGUCCGACUUGAAUAUUCACCUGGCAGUGGAGUCGCCUCAAGGAUAUCGUAGCAAGUACGAGGUCACCGAACUACUGAACCGUAAUCGCGACAAAAUUCGAUCGCUCCUGGAUGGAACAACGUUCACGGUCGGCUACUCGCCGUGCAAGCACAUUCCCUGCGAGAACGGUGGCACUUGCAGCGACAAAUUGGUCAUCUACGACGACGCCAGGAUCACAGACAGUCAGGCGUUGAUCCUCACGUCGCCGAGGAUGAUGCACGAGAUGACCUGCAAGUGUCGCGAGGCCUUCACUGGCGAAAGGUGCGAGAGAAGGCAAGACCCUUGCUCCCCGAACCCCUGUCUACUGGGAGGACAGUGUCGUCGAUUGGGGUACGAUUUCCAGUGCACCUGUCCGAUCGAUCGCGAAGGUAAGCUGUGCGAGCUGGAGCGAGGCGAUGCCUGCGCGAGCAAUCCGUGCCGGAACGGUGGCUCGUGCAGAAAGAGCCCCGACAGCUUCAGUUUCUUCUGUCUGUGUCGCGCUGGCUACAGAGGAAACCACUGCGAGGCGGUCACCGAUUCCUGCAGACCGAAUCCUUGCCUGUACGGAGGAUUGUGCGUGGGAGAGAAACCUGGGUACAGAUGCAGCUGCCCCGAAGGUCGGUACGGGAGACACUGCGAGAGGUCGACGUUCGGCUUCGAGGAGUUAUCCUACAUGGCCUUCCCAGCUCUGGACUCGAACACGAACGACAUAACGAUCGUGUUCGCGACAACGAAACCGGACGCGCUGUUGCUAUACAACUACGCCCCGCAGGCGGGAGGACGUUCGGACUUCGUGGUGCUAGAGCUGGUGAACGGGAGGGUGGUGUUCUCGUACGGCGGUGCGAGGAGCGCCAUCACAUCGAUCACUAUCAAGACGGAGCUGUCCGUGUCCAACGGGGAAUGGAGGAAAGUGACGGCGACCAGGAACGGAAGGGUCGUGUCUUUGAGCGUUUCCGUGUGCAGGGAACACGGGGACAUUUGCGACGACUGUAGGCCUGGCGAUGGCACCUGCUACGCGGAUGACGUGGGACCAACUGGUACUCUGAAUUUCAACAACAACCCGCUCCUAGUGGGAGGACUCGAGAACGCGGAUCCAGUGCUCGAGAGGCCGGGACAAGUGCACUCGGACGACUUUGUCGGGUGCGUGCAUUCCGUCUCUAUAAACGGCAGAGCCCUGAACUUGUCCAAUCCAUUGGCGUCGCGUGGCGUCAAGUCGACGUGCGCCAGAUCGAACAAGAAUCCCUGUCUAAGGGACGCGAAGGACUCCGUCUCCGUCUGCGGAGCCAACGUCAAGUGCUACGACAAGUGGCACCAAGUCUCCUGCCAGUGCGGUUCCCUGAACGCGCCUAAUUGCGAGGGCGCCCUGGAACCUGUUACCCUGAGCGAUGGCGGAUACGUCGAAUUCAAGAUUUCAGAAAAGCACAGAAGGAUGCAACUGUUGGAAUACUUGUACGGAGGCUCGACGGUGUGGCAGAAGAAUCGAACGACACGAGCCGUCAGCGAGGACACCAACUUCAUAACCACCUCCUCUCUGUUCAAAACGAUGGGGAUAAUAUUCAGAACGGUGAAGCCCGACGGUAUUCUCAUAUACGCCGCGACCAACAAACACUUUACAUCCGUGGAGCUUCGCAACGGGCAACUGUUCUACGCGUCCCUUCUGGGAUCUCCCGUGAACAUGUCCGCGAGCAUCGAAGGAAGCCUAGCGGACGGCCGCUGGCACAACCUGACCCUGCACUCCUACUUCCGAGGGCUGAGGCUGUUCAUCGACGGGAUCCAGACUGGCGAGGAACUCGACUCCGCGGGCGUCCACGAUUUCCUCGACCCGUACCUGUCCGUCUUGUCGAUCGGCGGAGUUAGCCAAGACCUGUACUACUCUCACAGCGCUGGCGCUAGGAGUUUCGAGGGUUGUCUGGCUAACUUCACCAUCAACAACGAGAUCCAGCCCUUCAAUGGUUCCGGAUCGAUCUUCAAGGACGUGUUGUACCACGGAAAAGUGAACACCGGGUGUAGAGGACCGAUCGGAAUCAGCGCCGCGGCCACGGCCGAUCCUCUGAGCAUCGGGAUCACUUUGGUCAUAGUUUUCUUCGUGAUCCUAUUGAUAGCGAUUCUAGUUAGCUUCAUCGUGUUCCGUCUGAGACGACAGAACAAGGAGAAGUCCGCGCCGUCGGUGGUCAACAAAAACACCAACGCCAUAAUGACCGGGAACCCGCUGGUGGGGACAGGAAACGACAACCUGAUGUCUCGCCACGAGAACACCUACAUCUCUGACACCUCCGACCUACGUGGAGUGGGGCACAUGGGCCCAGAAUUGAUCUCGAAAAAGUACAAAGAACGGGAGAUCAACUCGACGUCCGAGCAUCGGCCGCAGAGACCCGACAUCAUCGAAAGGGAAGUGACCAAGUCGCCACCCAUCAGGGACGAGCACCCGCCUCUCCCCCCGCCUGCACAAUCCUCGUUGCACUCCCACGAGCACAAUCCGGAGCCCGACAUGCCCGAGCACUACGAUCUGGAGAACGCGAGCUCCAUCGCUCCCAGCGACAUCGAUAUCGUCUACCACUACAAAGGCUAUCGCGACGGCAUGCGGAAAUACAAAGCCACGCCUCCGCCUAUCAGCAACUACGCCAAUCAUCACAAGCACGCGAGCCAACAGCACAGACACGCUGGACCGUUCCCGCCGCGAGCUCUACCGCCGCCGAAUGUCAGUCAACCGACGGGACCGACUCAGAAGCUGCUCCAGAGCACGCCGUUGGCGAGAUUAUCGCCCAGCAGCGAGCUGUCCGCUCAACAACCGAGAAUACUGACGCUCCACGACAUCAGCGGCAAACCGUUGCAGAGCGCGCUCCUAGCGACCACGUCUUCUUCGGGAGGAGUAGGCAAGGACGCCUUGAACUCCAACAGCGAGAGGAGCUUGAACUCGCCCAUCAUGAGUCAGCUGUCUGGAUCGACGGCCAGUCGGAAGGCGCCCCAAUCGAACAACGAGAACUCGGUGAACAACGUCUCCUCGGGCCCCAUGGGCCUCACUGCAGAGGAGAUCGAGAGACUGAACUCUAGACCGAGGACAUCGAGCCUGGUGUCGACCUUGGACGCCGUGAGCUCGUCCAGCGAAGCCAGAGGACCGCCUACGCACGGUCCUCUGCAUCUUCACAGACGACACACGCCGCCCGUCGAGAGGCUCGAGCGAAGAAACUCAUCGACCACCGACGAAAGUGGCAACGAUAGCUUCACCUGCUCGGAGUACGACAACACCUCCCUGGUGGGAGAUAAACGGUCCGAUAACCCUUUCGCGAAGCAAGACGACGAGGAGGUGAACCAACGGAGCAACGAGUCCUCGCAAACGACGAAACCUCCCCUCCCACCCAACGUCAACUACGACGCGUUCGACAGCUCCUUUCGCGGCUCUCUGAGCACCUUGGUAGCCUCCGACGACGAUCUGUCGACGCACAUGGGAGGACUGUACAGGCCCUCGAACAACGGAUCGCCAUCGACGACCACCACCGCCCUCAGUUGGGACUACCUGCUCAACUGGGGCCUGAACUUCGAUAGCUUGGUCGGUGUGUUCAUCGAUAUCGCGGAGCUGCCCGAUAGCGCCAGUCGCGUGCCAAGUACGCUUAGGCUCCCAGCCAGCAUACCCAAGCCAUCCGAGGAGUACGUUUGAACGGUGUUUUAGCGUUAGAGAUCAUUCGAAUCGUGGUUCGAGACUUUUUAGGGUGACAGGGUUUCGGGAGACAGAGAACGAAGAGGGAACAGGCAAGUUUGCUAUCCGAAUAAUAGAGAAGGGAGAUAUUGGGAUAUUAAGUUAGAGAAAAUUCAGUGCAGCUGGGUGAUCCGUUCGAGACUCUUUCGUCCAGGUAAACGAAAUCUUUUGGGAGACGGAAACCCCGGAGUAAUUAACUACCCCUUGAAAGAAGACGGAGCUACCAAAGGUGGGGGAAAGCUAAACGAUGUGACAGCCUCGAGCGGCCAGUUGAUCACACUCCGACUUGGAAGAUGAACGUCUUCCAACGUCGGUGCUUUAAAAGUGUAUUUAAUCGACCGAAAGAAGACUCGCGAUUCCGUGAGAAACGAUUAAUAGAACUUCAAUUGCCGAUACAGUGACGCGAACCAAUAGACGUUGUUAGACUCGUAAGCGAAUCGUUACGUUCUCCUGUGCGUCCGGGGACCGAGAACGUAACCUGUCUUGCCAUAACGAUAGAACCUUCGAGGACGAUCGGUUUGUCGAAUUCGUUCGCUGCGUCGGAACGAUUGUGCAUUUGUAAAUAAUCCGCGAUUCGUUCGAACGAAACGAGACUCUCGCGAUAGGGAUAAAUCUUAGCGGACUUUUCGUCGAAUCUUAACGAAUUUAUGCCAACAAGUGCUCCCGUGCCGUUCAACCCCCUAUCGCAUGAAUUAUUCAUUCACCUUCCGCGAGAACAAAUCUCUUCGUUAUUUAUGCGCUCGAUCCUCCAAUUAACGCGUUGGCUGGCGAACUAAUGAAAAUUACGAACCAGUGGAAAUUUCUACGAAGUUGAAUCGUGUCUCGAGACGUUUGGCUUGGUAUUCAAUUUUUCACCGAUCGAGUUAAUUUAUUUAAUUCGUUAAUGAAAAGUGUCGUAGUUGUACUUUAUUAUAUAAAGAGUACAGGAUGUACAAAUAGCGGUCUAUCCAAAACCCAAUCGUUCGGCUCGUGAAUUGAAUCACCCACCGAACGAGACGUCGAUCGAUAAAACUGUUUUAAAAUCGAAACCAAACGGCUCGAAUACUCUAUUUUCAAUAAAAAAGACACCCAUUUCUGGCUGACGUGGCGACCAACGCGUUAAACGAUGAACGAAAACAAUCGUAUACGUACAAUGCAACGGGGGAGGAGGGGGCUUACUUGUCCGGUAAAUAUUGCACGACUGUAUUGCGAGCAAUUAUAAAUAAUUAUUAAAUACCAACGUCUGUAAAUAAAGUACUUUUAAAGCUCUGUGCCAGAUAAUCUCGAUACAGCCGCGCAAUAACGAACGAACGGAGACGAUAUUUAGAAUCGUACCAGCGCUUUCGCGGCAGUCGCGUCGCGACGACUGCAACCGCUCGUUCGACGUUCUCGUAAAGUCAGCGGAGAAUCGUCGAUGGUCGUCGAAAUCGCGACGCGUACCGUCGGCAAAACGCGUUUCCUGUAUCGUAUAGUAUUUCGUCGGGAACGUCGAACGGAGCGCGACCGCCAGACUGAUUUCUUCCGUGACUCGAAGUGCUAUCGUAGACUACCUGUUCACCAUCGAUCGUCUAAAUUUUGUAAAUUACGGGUAAAUCGUUGUGUAAAUAUCGUACGCCUGGUCUGUACAAAGUGCGUGAAUGAGUGUGCGUGUAACACCUAAUCAUCGAUCGUAUUAGCAAUAAACAAAACAUUUGUAAAAAAAAAAAAAAAUAAUAAUUACUGUAUUUUGAAUUUCCAUUGCUCCCAUCCACGCUUGAGGCGAUUUUUAACCGAUUUCGAAAGGGAGGAGGUUGAUCGAUUCGACGAUAUAUACAUAUUUGUCCAAAUUGAACGACAAGUUUGAUGUUUCCAAAUAAAUUUCUCGUUAUAAAUGUACACAAGUGGAAAGUUUAUUUAUGUACAUGUUUGCAACGAAGCAUUUAUUCGGAGACGUGACAGCGACUAUUUAAUUUAGACAAAUUAAAAGACAUAGAUGAUCGACCGUGUCUAAUAACAUAAUAAUCUUCGAGAUAGAAUUCUAUUAAACUUCGGACCGCUUUGAACUCGCUUCGAGUCCCCUAUCGAUACGAUGUUUUGUCUCGACGAAACGACAGGCUGUCAAUGAAAUGACCGUUGAAUUUACAGAUGCACCGAUAAUAUAUAUCUCCGAGAAAUAACUAUAAACAAGGAAGAGAACUCGUCGUGCGUAAUUCGAUUCAUUAGUGAAAUAAAUUUUUGAUCGUUUAGCAUGUCCAGAUAAUGAUAUCUUCAUUCCCGUCGUACGACGAAGAGCUUUUGAACAGCGCCUAUGCGAACAUAAGUCUGAUCGCCGACAAAGCCUGGACCUUCGACGCGGGAAACCCGUUUCGAAAGUUGAAUCGCUCUUUGUGGAUUCAGAACUGUAAGCUGACUGCAAAGUACAAGGAAAACGGUAGCUAUCGACCGAGGCGCGUUCGCGACGUAAUACCGGACUCGCGUUUGGCAACUUAUGACGAUUACGAGUACAACGAGGAACACGAG